CCGAGGGGAAAGGAAAGUAAAAGGCGGAAGUGGCUGAGGACUUGUUUAUACUGCCUUUUUGGUAAAAUCAUUGUAUUGCGUUUACUCAAACUCCAUCAUUCACAAGCACCCUUCCUACCUUUGUUGACCCUCCACUGGACUCUAGUAUCUAAAACGGCAUAGCAGCACAGGCAAAAUAACGAGACAUGAAUAACCGAACGAACGUUCGCUUGCCCCCAGAGGUCAACAGGGCCUUAUUUGUUCGCAAUCUCCCCUUCAAGAUCACGCCCGAGGAAAUGUACGACAUCUUUGGAAAAUAUGGAGCAAUCCGGCAAAUUCGCGUAGGGAAUGCGAACGACACGAAAGGAACAGCAUUCGUGGUGUAUGAAGACAUUUUCGACGCGAAGACGGCAUACGAGCACUUGCAAGGAUUCAACAUCAUGGGGCGGUACCUCAUCGUGCUAUACUAUCAGCCGAACAAGGUCACUAAGAAGAUGAAUCUGGCCAAGAAGGAGGAAGAACUUAAGGAACUGAAGGCUCGCUAUGGAAUCUCUGACGACGACUAGAGGAUUUAAAGAGAACAACAUAGUUGUCCACACAGUUCAAGGAAUAACGGAGACUCUAGGACUAAAGAAAGGGGGAUCCCAGGAAGACCAGCCAUUCAUUCAGGAAGCAUGAUCGCCGCUUGCAUCUAUCUCUUCAGCAAAGCGAAGGACCAUUAUCCACAGCCUGGUAGCUCCAUGUACUAUAGCCAUGCAAAAUAAAACCAACAUGAAGAACUAGAAGAC